AAUGGAGUCAUUGUCUCUGCCAGAAAUGUUCAGUUCUAUGGGGCCUAGAUUUCAAAUGUCUAUGUCUAAUGGCGGUAUGCCGGUCCUACCGUACACCACUUUAGAGAUGUCCCGGUUUAGCCAGCAAAAUCAAGAGGAGUCACUGGACAUUCAAUUGCUGAAUACGGCUGAUGAUUCGCUAGCAGAUCUCGAACCUGAGGCUUCAGAUGAAGAAGAGAACACUGAGAGACCACAAUUGACGGAGGAACAACAGAAAGUCGAGUACAUGGCUUCCCUUGGUCUGGUUCCUCCUGCAGUGCUUGAAGAGAUCCAACGUCGCCAGGAGUUGUGUAGAAUGGAGUAUGGGAACUGGUGGGACAGACUCCAUUCCACUGAUUUUUGUCUAGUGCCAAAAAACGAGGCUAUUCUCAAGAGUGGUCAACAAAUGAACGAAGGUGAUCAGAGUGACUACCCUAUCAUCCCUGCGGAGGAUCAGAGUCAAGUGGCAGCUGGACCCGAUGCUGGGUCUCUUGUGGAGCAGAUCACUUAUCUCACAUCAUGGCCACAGACCUCAGCAGAGCAAGUGGUGGAAAUAACAGGCUCUAAUUAUCAUUGAAUUAAUCACACAGACUCUAUGUAUAUUUUUAUGACCUCUUUUGUUCUAUAGCUAUCAUCUCAAUUCAUCUCUUCUAAUUUUAAAAGUCAAUUAUUUUAUUUUUA